AUGUCGACGCCCACGAGCGAUGUCGAUCAGUCCGCGAGACUGAUUUCACCGGACGGUCUGCCGCUCGCUAUCAUCAUCAUCUCAUCCAUCUUCUUCGCCCUUUCUAUCGUUACUGUAGCGUUGCGGACCUUUAUUCGAAUCAAAAAGGGCAUACUCGGCCUGGAAGAUGUGUUCAUGGUUAUCGGCACGAUCGCAUAUAUUCCUGUUACAGGUCUUGCAAUAUACGGAUGUUGCGUUGGACUAGGCAGAAUGAAUGAGGAUCUGAAUUUGUGGCAGCAGUCCGAAGCUAUCAAGUAUUACCUGAUUUGGAUAUUGGUAUACGUCGUUGCACUUGCAACUGUCAAAUCCUCUGUGUGCAUCACAAUUAGGCGCAUUGCCUCGAUCAAGAAGCCUAUGAGAAUCACUGUCUGGGUUCUACUAGCUGUCACGUGGGCGUCCUUUCUCGUUACCUUUGUUGGAACGUUAGCUUACUGCCAGCCGGUGUCGGCUUUGUGGACUGGUCAGGGACAUUGUGCUUCUGCGGAGACAUUUCUCAUCAUUGCGCACACUGCGACAGUGUCGACGAUUUUGACCGACAUGGCCCUGGUUAUCGUGCCGGCUAUCAUCUUGUGGAAUACGCAGAUGAAGAGACAAGCAAAAAUCCAAGCAUUCGGGCUGCUGUCCUUCGCCUCACUGGCGUCAAUUAUCACCAUGAUAAGAAUCCCGUUUGUCAACAAAUUUGAGUCUCAAACCAAUCUCCCUUUCUGGGUGUCUCACAUCGUCCUUUGCUCGAACGUCGAGACUGGUAUCGGGUGUUUUGCAUCCUCCCUCCCAGCACUGCGCCACUUCUUCCAACACGACCGCGACGGCAGCUCCGAUCCGAAUAGCAAGCGUUAUGGAACGACGACCAUCACUGCAGGCGGUCACCCACGACAACAAAAGGGACGUGACAGCUACCGCAACCCCACAGACAUUGGCUUCAGCUUGUCUGCUGUGCACCAUGGGCGCGAUAAGGAUUCCUGGGAACAGAUACACGACGGCGCGUCAGAUAAGAGCACUGCACCGAUGAACGAUAAGAGAAUUUAUGCCGACAGGACCUACACAGUCGAUGUUGAGUCAGCUUGA